GCAUUAUCGAGACCGGCCGGGACAUUUCUCCAUCAUCAUCAUCAUGGACGGCUCUGGCUCAGGCUCUGACCAUGCUCGAUCAGGGCAUUCGGGGCCCUCCAAGAAGCGCUCCAGGACCAUCUCGAACCUGACCGAGGAGCAGAUCCAACACAAGCGCAAUGUCGAUCGACGGGCGCAGCGUGCCUUUCGCCAGCGCACAAAGGACUGCAUCGUCAAUCUCGAGCAGCAGUUUUCGCAGCUGCAGGAGACGGCUAACCACCGGGAACAGGAGCUGCUGGCGGCGCGCGAGCAGAACAAAAGCCUCACAAAUUAUCUGGAAACCAUCCUCGAACUGGUCUCGACCGCAUUGAGUCACUCCCGUCAGGUUGCUCGCCCAUCUGAGGACUCCGAGAGUGACGGAGGCCCGCAACAAGAACACGAACCCCAACCGCCGAUUGAACAGCACGUUAUACCCUCUCCACCCCUCUCUCGGCUAGAUCAGCAUCAAGAGGACCAGCAUACGACGGAUGAACCCUUAACCCAGCCUUCUCCAACGCUUGCAGACGAACAUUUGCUCUCGGAUGUAGAUCACCCGUCCGAUGACCAUGCAGUGCUCGACCAACACACCUCGUACAGCGUCGCGCAGGCCGCAUCGGGAAACAUGAGCAACGACAGUCCGUUGGCAAGCUACUCUCUCCAAACCAUUUCACCAGCCACCCACUGCUCGAUUACCACGUCACCGGUUACUCACAGCACUGUUGCUAUGUCUCAUGCCGACCCCUUUGGCACGGUUCCAACUCCAUCCAGUACCAUGGUCGUCGACACGCACCAUUAUGCCACUCCGACUGCAGCUCACACCAUUCUUCCCUCUCACUCGCCCUGCACGUGUCCCUUGGACCGGAUAUUGCUGGAUUUUCUCACCACCCGCAGAGAAAUGCUUGCUGGUGGUACGGCAUAUGAAACCGUCCUUGGGGCACAGAAACCAACGGUGAAAGCUCUUAUCGACACCACACUGGCCGAUUCAGUUCACCCACUCAGCCGGAUGAUGUCAGAAGUGCUGUCUACUUUUCCAUACGUCCACCAGACGGAGAAAUUUGCCUUCUUUUUCCUAAUGUGCCACACUAUGAGGUGGCAAAUAUACCCCGUCAAAGAAAAUUAUCUUGCCAUGCCAAAGUGGCUACGGCCUACUUUAACACAGGUUACGGUGCCUCAUGCCAUGUGGAUUGACAAUAUUCCCUGGCCUGGUGUCCGGGACAUAUUAAUCGAAAACCCCGAGGAAUAUCCCUUUGAGCUCUUCUCCGAGUAUUACUCUCAGAACGUCACGGUGAACUGGAAUUUUGACAGUCUAGAUGCCGUCUCUGACGUUGGAAACGACAGAAUAUUGCAUUCUAUUUUCGAGAAACACGUUCGAAACCUCAAAAACUGGACUGUCUCUUCCGAGUUCCAGACACGAUUUCCUUCAAUGAUACCGGCGAUAGAGUGUAUGGAGUAAACUGAUCUAGGUGGGGACAUGGUUGAAACUGCUUCCGUGACGAGGAGGCCAAGUUUUGUGAUGAUUAAACGUGGGACGGGAAUAUGAAUGGAUGUAUAAGAACCAAAUCAGGAAGGAAGAGAGACCGCUCGAACUGUCACGAUUCAAGGGCUUCGGAUGGGGAAGGUUUUUCAGAGUAUCGCGGAGCGUUGCUAAUGUACAUGCCCCUGUGCAUUUUUGACCAC